CAACCCAGGACCCCUUAUAAUAACUCUGCCCUCCAAUCCUCUAAACCCUAAUUUCCCCAACCACUGCGCCUCUCCUUUUCGACUGCCGGCCGUCGUCUCUGUUUCACAGUCACACACCUCACCGGACCGCACAGAUGGGCUUCAAAAGAUAUGUCGAGAUCGGGAGGGUGGCUCUGAUCAACUACGGAAAGGACUAUGGCAAGCUCGUCGUCAUCGUCGAUGUCGUCGACCAGAACAGGGCACUAGUUGAUUCCCCAGAUAUGGUUAGGAGCCAAAUCAACUUCAAGAGGCUUACCCUCACUGAUAUCAAGAUUGAGAUUAACAGAACUCCCAAGAAGAAGACUCUUAUUGAAGCCAUGGAGAAGGCUGAUGUUAAGGGCAAGUGGGAGAACAGCUCAUGGGGUCGCAAAUUGAUCGUUAAGCAGAGAAGGGCUGCCCUUACUGACUUCGAUAGGUUCAAAUUGAUGUUGGCCAAGAUCAAGGUUUGCGAUACUAGAGGAGGAUUGGUCAGGCAAGAGCUCGCCAAGCUGAAGAAGGAGACUGCUGCUUAGAACCACCCUACUAUUUUCGCAAUUUUGUUGUUGGUCGUCUGCAAGAGUUGUUCAGUGUGGAUGUUGUUUGGUUUUCUGUUCUGUUCUGGAGAUAUACAUUAAGCAGCUGAAGGAAUUUUCUUCUGAUAUGACAUGAGACCCAUUUUGUAGAAACUAAGAGUGAAAUAUGACUUUGGCUCUUGUUAAGGUUAUUCACAUCACUUUCUGUUCCGUCCACCCUCUUGCUACCUGCUGUUGCUCAAAUGCCUAGGAUCUUACUGUCUAGGGCAAGAUGUGAUUUUCCUGAAGUAGAGAUAAGGCAUUUUCCCAACUUGUCCUUGCUAUUUCACCAUUAUAUCAGGGGUUCUGCUUAAGCCGUUAAGCGUGUGAUUAAGGCUGUAGGUUUGGUUGCUGCUUAGUUGAUGACUGUUCAUGGAGGUCAUAAGGGUACC